GCGGCGGCACGGAUGUUUGCCGAUGACACAAACAUAAGUGUCCACGGUGAAAGUAUCAACGAAAUCGAGCCAGCACUUAACGCUGAAAUCAAAAACAUUCAUAAAUGGCUGCUUACUAACAAACUAAGCCUCAAUGUUGCCAAAACUGAAUUUAUGAUUAUUGGUUCACGCCAAAAAUUUACCGCACAUUGUGAUCAAACAAUCACAGUAAAAAUUGACGAAAAUGAGAUCCAAAAUGUCGAUUGUUCAAAAUCAUUAGGCGUUACCAUCGACAAAAAUUUGAAUUGGUCUGUGCAUAUUCAAAAUGUCGUUAAGAAGGUUUCAUCCUGUAUAGGAGCCUUAAAACGUGUAAGACCUUUUAUUUCGCGCGAAACAGCAAUUCAAAUUUACAAAGCGCUUAUUCUCCCCCACUUUGACUAUUGUAGUACAGUGUGGGGUGGACUAAGCAAUGAGCUUAGCGAUCGACUGCAAAAACUUCAAAACCGUGCGGCUAGAGUCAUCACAAGAACUAAUUAUGAUACACGAUCUAGCCACUUACUUGAAAGUCUAAAUUGGGACACGCUUGCUAUUCGUCGAGACAAACAAAAGGCAACUCUUAUGUUUAAGACAAUAYGCAAGUGUGUCCCAACAUACUUACAAAAUCUUUUCGAUSACAAARAGCUUAAGUAUGAUUUACGAAACCAACAACACGCACUAUCACUUCCUAAGCCACGUACUGAAUAUCUUAAAAAAUCCUUUAGUUACAGUGGCGCUUUAUUGUGGAAUAGCCUGUCACCUAGUGCAAAAGAGGCAAAAAAUAUUUCACAAUUUAAAAAAAGGAUUGAACAUGUGUUGUAAUGCUGACUCCACGGCCUACAUGUAAAACAGUAUCUAAAGCAAAUAUAUUUUAAUGUAUAUAUAUAUGUAUAAUAUUUUUAUAUAAUUGUAAAUUUUUAGAAUAUAUUUUAGCUUAAUUGACUGAUGUAACUUUUUACCGUGGUA